GUGCCAACGAACCCGGAAGCGGCUCAACUGCCAACUCCCAUCUCCCCAUGCCAUUGUCCCUGCCCGAAGGGGCUGAUGGGAGAUGUAGUUUUAGCCGCUCCCUUUUGGUCCACCGCCCGCGUGCGCAUGCGCGAGGAGGCGGGGCGAGGUGACGUCACUCCCCACGCGGUAUUUCUUUCCCCCGGCGGACUCCAAUGCAGGCGCAGAGGACACUCUCGGCAUGGAGCGGGCGCUGCUCUUCUCGCUGCUCCUAACAGCCGCCGCUAUAGACGCAGGUGAGCACAUCCCGCGCAUGCGCGAGGAGCCCCUGUCUGGGCUGGAAUGCCGGCGCACGCGGGAAGGGGGGGGCUCCACUCAGGUCCCGCCCACCUCCACCGCCGGCGCCGAUUGGCCAGGCGCGCCUCGGCUGUCGGAAAGGCGCCGAUUGGACGCUCGCUUGAGCCCGCCCCUCCCCUGUGACCCCGCCCUUUUAUUGGUUGCGGGGUAGUGGGCGGGGCCUCUUUGGGGUUGUCAUGGAGACGGGGCCUGUACUUUCAGGCUGAGGAGAGAAAUAAACAAGAAUAAAGCGUGUUUGUUAUUAAUACAUAGGAAUUAUAAUGCUAGGAUUUGGGGUCACGUGUUAUGUGUUUAUACCCCACCCUCCCUCCAUGGGUGGGGUAACUUUUCCUGCUUCUUCCCCAUUUUUGUUCCCCCCCUCACAACAACCCUGUGAGGUAGGCCACAUAUUAUUAUUAUUUUAUUAUUAUUAUUAUUAUUAUUUAUUUUAUUGUUGUUAGCCGCCCUGAGACCGGCUUCGGCUGGGGAGGGCAGGAUAUAAAUAAAAAUUUAUUAUUUUUAUUUUAUUUUUUUUUUUAUUAUUAUUAUUAUUAUUAUUUAUUAUAAAGCUAGUAAAGCCCAAAUGGGCCCCAGUCAGCUUCAUGGAUGAAUGGAGGACAGAACUCCCACCUUCAGGGGCCUAGCCAACUUAAGUUCUACCAAGAGGAGAACUUAAUGGUCACACGCCGAUAUUUUCCAUUAAUUUCAGCGAGAGUAGGACUGAAGCUAGGUGCAUCUCUAAAGCAUUAACCAUUAAGCUAUACAGUGGUACCUCGGGUUAGGGCAGAUUUGAGGGUAAACCAUACACAGCACGGGUUUGCCCCUGUGGCUCAUUGGAAGUUGAAACUGCUUCACAUGUACUAUUACAUUGUCGUCUUUAUGAGGAUAUACGUUUGACUUUUAUUACACCUGUUUUGCAAAAGUCCAGGAAAGAAUCGGAACACCAUAGUUUAAAAUUACUGCUAGAGGACAAGAAUCCCAAGACUACAUUAAAUGUAGCCAAAUUCUGUGCGUCUGCAAUUAAUCGCAGGAAGCAAGUGGUAUCCCAUAAUGACCAAACCCCCAAAUGUUAAUUACAGGGGGCACGCUAAUAAUUAACUUUAAUUUUUUAGAUUUAAUUCCUUGUUAUAUUCAUAUUGUCCUCUGUACUUCUGAUAUUAUUAUUUUUUAUGAUCUGUGAUAUUGUGUGUGUUGACGCUGGUCUGUGACCGUAUUAAUAAAUUCAUUCAUUCAUACCUCGGGUUGCAUACACAUCAGGUUACAGACUCGGCUAACCCAGAAAUAGUGCUUCAGGUUAAGAACUUUGCUUCAGAAUAAGAACAGAAAUCGGGCUCCGGCGGCGCAGUGGCAGCAGCAGGAGGCCCCAUUAGCUAAAGUGGUGCUUCAGGUUAAGAACAGUUUCAGGUUAAGAACGGACCUCCGGAACGAAUUAAGUACUUAACCCGAGGUACCACUGUACAGGCAGUAAUUGGGCACAUAUGCAUCGUACAUCUUAUAGCACAUGGCUCCCACCCCCCAAAAAAAAUUACCCUGGGAACUGUAGUUCACCUUUGUUGAGGUACUGGGAAUUGUAGUUCACCCGUUUCGGAGGUGCUAUAGAUCCUGGGAGUCUUUGGGUUGAAGCUGCGUGCUUCAAAUGCUGUCUGAGGAAACUUGCAGCCAGGCUUUUGAAUUUGUUGUUGAGUCGUUUAGUCGUGUCCGCCUCUUCGUGACCCCCUGGACCAGAGGACGCCAGGCACUCCUGUCUUCCACUGCCUCCCGCAGUUUGGUCAAACUCAUGCUGGUCGCUUUGAGAACACUGUCCCACCAUCUCGUCCUCUGUCGUCCCCUUCUCCUUGUGCCCUCCAUCUUUCCCAGCAUCAGGGUCUUUUCCAGGGAGUCUUCUCUUCUCAUGAGGUGGCCAAAGUAUUGGAGCCUCAGCUUCAGGAUCUGUCCUUCCAGUGAGCACUCAGGGCUGAUUUCCUUCAGAAUGGAGAGGUUUGAUCUUCUUGCACUCCAUGGGACUCUCAAGAGUCUCCUCCAGCACCAGAAUUCAAAAGCAUCAAUUCUUUGGCGACCAGUUCUCACUUCCAUACAUCACUAUUGGGAAAACCAUAGCUUUAACUAUAUGGACCUUUGUUGGCAAGGUGAUGUCUCUGCUUUUUAAGAUGCUGUCCAGGUUUGUCAUUGCUUUUCUCCCAAGGAGCAGGCGUCUUUUAAUUUUGUGACUGCUGUCACCAUCUGCAGUGAUCAUGGAGCCCAAGAAAGUAAAAUCUCUCACUGCCUCCAUUUCUUCCCCUUCUAUUUGCCAGGAGGUGAUGGGACCAGUGGCCAUGAUCUUAGGGUUUAUUUUAUGUUGAGCUUCAGACCAUAUUAUCCUUCGUGGUGAAGGGGCUUGAAUAACUCAGCGAAGCUAUGAGCUAUGCCGUGCAGGGCCACCCAAGAUGGACAGGUCAUAGUGGAGAGUUUUGACCAAACAUGAUCCACCUGGAGAAGGAACCGGCAAGCCACUCCAGUAUCCCUGCCAAGAAAACUCCAUGGACAAAGACAACAGGCACACGCUGAUAUUUUCCAUUAAUUUCAGCGAGAGUAGGACUGAAGCUAGAUGCAUCCCUGAAGUGUUAACCAUUAAGCUAUACAGGCAGUAAUUGGGCACAUCCACAUCGUACAUCUUAUAGCACAUGGCUUCCCCCCCAAAAAAUAUUUUUUACCCUGGGAAUUGUAGUUCACCCGUUUCGGAGGUGCUAUAGAUCCUGGGAGUCUUUGGGUUGAAGCUGCGUGUUUCAAAUGCUGUCUGAGGAAACUUGCAGCCAGGCUUUUGAAUUUAAUGAAUGCAAUUAUCCCGCAGGGGAGAGGUCAAGGCCGAAUAAACGAUUCUUCUCCCCGCUCUUUGGCACGACUGAUUAGGCUUAGCAAGAGCAACUUGGCUCAAGGUCACUCAGCAAGUUUCAUGGCCAAGUGCUGAUUUUUUUAAAAAAAAUGUAUUUGUAUUAAACAUUUUCUUGAUUUGCAAAGGUAUGUGCAAUGUCUCUCUCGUAUUUUUUCCCCCACGUAACACAUUUUUUUUAACAAAUCGGCUUCAUUUGUUGAGACGUUAGGAAGAAUAGGGGGAAAGAGGUGGAGGCGGGGAGCCAAGUGUAGAUUUGAACCCAGGUCUUAUGUCUCCUUAGGCUAGGUCCUAUGUUACACCUGCUCAGAGCAGGUCCAUUUUAACUGAAAUUGUAAUAAUUGGAAAGGACCCCAAGGGACAUCUAGUCCAACCCCCUGCAAUGCAGGAAUCUACUCUGACUGGGAAUUACUGAGUACAACCCACCUGACAACACCCAUCCCAACCCUCGGUGUAUUCAUACGUACAUAAGGGUGGGUCAUUGCUUGCUUUAGGUCUCCUGACCCUUCCCUGUUCAUUGGCAUCAUUUACUGAUAUUUCUUUUCCUGCCAAAAAAAGUUACUUGGCACUUAAACCACAACCUUGCUGUUUCUUCAUUCCUGUGAUAUUUCAGAGCUUAUUUUUAUUACUGCGCAGCUAAAGCCCUCUAUUCAAACCCAGUUCCAAUAAAAAUCCCACCUAGGGAUACUGAAUAUAUAACCUUUAUUAUGCUCAACCGAAAAACACCCCCGCUGCUCCUAUUAUGAACAAAUGUGCAGCCAAAGUCCUCUGUUAAAAUCCUGUUCCGAUAAGAAAAUUCCAACAAGGGGAGUUGGGAAAAAUAAUCCUAAUUGUACCUAGGAAAAAAAAAACACCCCCACCCCACUGUGGUUGAAACUUUUGUCCAGUUCUAAUAACAUGUGAUAUUUUUUCUUUGCCCAUAAAAAUAAGCUGGGUUUAGGAGUUCCAGAGAGUGGCAACACGAGAACAGUUCUACAAGUUCCCUAUAUGUUAGCCAACUGUCUUUCAUAUUAUUUCUAUGCAUGGCUGAUGACUCUAUAGGCGAUAGUCACCAGGGAGUUUUGGCUGUUACUAUUGUUUUAUUUCUUUCCCAAACUUCGAAUAGGGCCUUUCUCACCAAAUGAUUAGUAAAGCCUCAUUUGCUUUUAUUUUAUCACGACCCAGGGCCUUUUCAGUGGUGGCUCCCCAUUUGUAGAACGCUCUUCCCAGGGAGGCUCCCCUAAUGCCAUCAUUACAUAACUUUAGGUUUUAAGCCAAAACAUUUCUUUUUAGCCAGGCCUUUGGCUCUUAAUUAUCUGUUGCCUCGAUUGGGUGAAAUAUUGCCCCCCUAACCUUUUUUAUUUUUCUUUUUGUGUGUGUGUGUGUCCCCAACUUUUAUGCCGGCUUCAAGGUACAUUCAUUUAUAUGUCAUAAGUCGCCUCAAAUUAACUUGGUGUGACCAAUUUAUUUAUUCAUUUAAUUCACAAAAACUUGCACGCCACUUGAUAGGUUUCUUGUUUUUUAAAAGGAUUGCAAAAAAGGUAAGAUCGGGAAGGAUUUCCAAUAGAUUAAAACAUAACAAGAAGUUUAAAAUGCUGAAGCACAUUGAAAUGCACACCAGCUUUUCUAAGUGGCUGAACUAAAUAAGGACGUUCUUAGCAGGCGCUGAGAAAAAUACACUGAUCUCAAGCAGGAUUUUGAGUGUUUGUAAAUCCUGCCUAAGGGACGCGGGUGGCGCUGUAGGUUAAACCACAGAGCCUAGGACUUGCCGAUCAGAAGGUUGGCGGUUCAAAUCCCCAUGACGGGGUGAGCUCCUGUCGCUCGGUCCCUGCUCCUGCCAACCUAGCAGUUCGAAAGCACGUCAAAAUGCAAGUAAUAUACGGUGGUGCCUCGCAAGAUGAAAUUAACCCGUUCCGCGAGUCUCUUCGUCUUGCGGUUUUUUCGUCUUGCGAAGCACGGCUAUUAGCGGCUUAGCGGCUUUAAGAAAAAGGAAACAAACUCGCAAGAACUCGCAAGACGUUUCGUCUUGUGAAGCAAGCCCAUAGGGAAAUUCGUCUUGCGGAACGACUCAAAAAACGGAAAACUCUUUCGUCUUGCGCGUUUUUCAUCUUGCGAGGCAUUCGUCUUGCGGGGCACCACUGUAAAUAGGCACCACUCCGGUGGGAAGGUAAACGGCGUUUCCGGGCGCUGCUCUGGUUCACCAGAAGUGGCUUAGUCAUUCUGGCCACAUGACCCGGAAGUUGUACGCCGGCUCCCUUGGCCAAUAAAGCGAGAUGAGCGCCGCAACCCCAGAGUCGGCCACAACUGGACCUAAUAGACCUUUACCUUUUUUAAUCCUGCCUCUUUCAUAGCUGAGCUGCUGGAGUUGCUCCGAUGUUCUUGACCAUCCUUUUGGGUCUCCCAAAUGACGCUCUUGUGUGUUUGUUUGUUUGUGUGUCUCUCCCUUCACAAUUCAGAACGUUUCCUUUGCACCCUCGGGAGUUUCCAGUGCGAGGACGGCGGGCAGGUUCCGCUGUGCCAGCGGUGCGACGAGAAGCGGGACUGCGGCGACGGCAGCGACGAGAGAGGCUGUCGAGCCGCCAACGUCUCGUGCGGACCCCACGGGAGGCGAUGCGGCAGCGACGGCCCUUGCCUGCCCUUGGAGAGGAUCUGUGAUGGCCACGGCGAUUGCCCGGACAAUUCCGACGAGUCCUUAGACGCCUGCGGGCAUCGGGUCGACACGACUUCGCCAGCCUGCCCGAAGGAUGAGUUUCAAUGUGAACCAGGGGCAGAGUGCUUCCCCCUGGCGUUUGUGUGCGACGGCCAUUCUGAUUGUCCGGACGAGAGGGAUGAACGAGGCUGCCUUCUGGACUUCCCAACGGUUUCGGUAACGCCACCAGCCACCCAGACAGGUAAGCUGUGCAGUAAUCUGCUUUAGGGGGCAAACAGGUAUCCUGGCAACCAUCUCUGCCGUAACCCCCUCCUUUAGCUGACCCAGAGUACUUUUGCUUCCUCCCCUUUGCCUCUGCUUGCUUCACGUUAAAAGGGUUUUUUAAAUAUAAAGUUGUCCUUGACUCCCCCAACACCACCCCAAAUUACUGUAUUUUUUGCUCUAUAAGACUCACUUUUUCCCUCCUAAAAAGUAAGGUGAAAUGUGUGUGCGUCUUAUGGAGCGAAUGCAGGCUGUGCAGCUAUCCCAGAAGCCAGAACAGCAAGAGGGAUUGCUGCUUUCACUGCGCAGCGAUCCCUCUUGCUAUUCUGGCUUCUGAGAUUCAGAAUAUUUUUUUUCUUGUUUCCUCCUCCAAAAACUAGGUGCAUCUUGUGGUCUGGUGUGUCUUAUAGAGCGAAAAAUACGGUAUUUGGAAUGUAGGGGAAAUAUCGCUGUACAGUGGUACCUUGGUUCUCAAACUUAAUCCAUUCCGGGAGUCCGUUCGACUCCCGAAACCGUUCGAAAACCAAGGCGCGGCUUCUGAUUGGCUGCAGGAGCUUCCUGCGCUCAAUCAGAAGCUGCGUCGGAUGUUUGGCUUCUGAAAAACGUUUGGAAACUGGAACACUCACUUCCCGGUUUGCGGCGUUCAGGAGCCAAUUUGUUCAGGAGCCAAGCCGUUUGAGUACCAAGCUACCACUGUAUAUUAGUAUUGGCACCAUGAAAGUGUCCUAAAUAAGAAGCACCAUUGUGUCGUGAUCUUAUUAAAUACAAAGUUUUGUGAGGGAAGUAGACUCUGCACAUGGCCGUGCAUUGAAUUUGAGGCUCACAGUUCCUAAUGAUUAUUAUCGCUAUGCAUCAUCAACUUCUUUUUAACCCCUUGGGCCUAUAUUCCCCACCUGCACAGAAAUUUAUUUAUGCGUGUUAUUUAUUUCACAAAAUCUGUAUGUUGCUUGAUUGUAACCAUAAACCGCAAAGCGGUUUGCAGAGAAACCAGAGCAGCGCACGGAAACGCCGUUUACCUUCCCGCCGGAGCGGUACCUAUUUAUCUACUUGCACUUUGACGUGCUUUCGAACUGCUAGGGUGGCAGGAGCAGGGACCGAGCAACGGGAGCUCACCCCGUCGCGGGGAUUCGAACCGCCGACCUUCUGAUCGGUAAGUCCUAGGCUCUGUGGUUUAACCCACCGCGCCACCCGCGUCCCAUUAAAACAGUUAAAAUAUGAAAACGGAUUUCAAUACAAAACCAGCUUUUUUCAAAGCUUGAAAUGGAGUUUCCUGGAAGAAGCUGUGGCUGGCCGGGACCCUGAACCUGAAUCGCUACACGCUGCAAAAUGCUCUCGCAGACCCUGCUUAGCCUUGUUUUACAGUUGGGUGCUAUAAAACUGCAGCUUCUGUAGGGUGCAGUUAUUGCUGUUGCUGCUGUCGCUGCCAAGUUUUGAUGAGACCUUUUAUUGUCUGUGGUGCUCCUGUUGUGCCCGGGAGCCCUUUCCAUUUAUGCCUCGCCUCUGCCAAAAGGGAAUGACCGCCGCACCUUCUUUCCUGGCACAAUUCUCCCUGGAGUUUCAAGGAAAGGGGUGUGGGCAGCGCUGUCUUUAGCAUACGUGCCGCCGGGGUGCAAAGAUCCACCCAGUGCCCCCAAAUUUAGCUUAGCCCCCAAAUUAACUUUUAUUAUGUCCACUGGUCCCAUCACCUCCUGGCAAAUAGAAGGGGGAGAAAUGGAGGCAGUGAGAGAUUUUACUUUCUUGGGCUCCAUGAUCACUGCAGAUGGUGAGAGCAGCCACGAAAUUAAAAGACGCCUGCUUCUUGGGAGAAAAGCAGUGACAAACCUGGACAGCAUCUUAAAAAGCAGAGACGUCACCUUGCCAACAAAGGUCCGUAUAGUUAAAGCUAUGGUUUUCCCAGUAGCGAUGUAUGGAAGUGAGAGCUGGACCAUAAAGAAGGCUGAUCGCCAAAGAAUGGAUGCUUUUGAAUUCUGGUGCUGGAGGAGACUCUUGAGAGUCCCAUGGACUGCAAGAAGAUCAAACCUCUCCAUUCUGAAGGAAAUCAGCCCUGAGUGCUCACUGGAAGGACAGAUCCCGAAGCUGAGGCUCCAGUACUUUGGUCACCUCAUGAGAAGAGAAGACUCCCUGGAAAAGACCCUGAUGCUGGGAAAGAUGGAGGGCACAAGGAGAAGGGGAUGACAGAGGACGAGAUGGUGGGACAGUGUUCUCGAAGCUACCAGCAUGAGUUUGACCAAACUCCGGGAGGCAGUGGAAGACAGGAGUGCCUGGUGUGCUCUGGUCCAGGGGGUCACGAAGAGUCGGACACGACUAAACAACUAAACAACAAUGCUUAUGUCAGACACCAUGCUUACGCCUUAUUGUUAACAAAAGAAGGGAAUAAGAAGAAACAAACUUUUUUAUUUGCCCAUUUAUUUACAAUACAUUUAUACUUAAGUAUACAACACCACCACAGUUAAACUUAUAAGUAUUGUUUAGGCACCUACUUAGGAGAAACAUCAGUCGUGUCAAAGAGGCCACUGACCCCGCUGCCGCAUAGAAGCAUAGCAUAGCAGUUACAAUACGUAAGAUAAUACUUUGAUGUAAGAGUUCAUUUCGCGUGUACGGCGCCGUUGUGAUUGACAAACGCCGUCGUUGAGUCUGCCAAGCGCCGCCAUUGUGAAUGACAAGGGCCACCACUGGCGCAGCGCGUCUUUGCUAAGUGGGCACACAAAGUCGAAAGUCCUUUCGUGAAACAGUAGGUAUACAUUUCGGUAAUACCUAGGUGUAUAUGUAUAUGUGCCAUUGAGAGCGUGCUCACUUACGGCUUAUGUGUGUGGUACGGAAGCUGUACUACCCAGGACAGGAUGGGGUUGUGCAGGGUUGUUAAGGCAGCAGAGAGCAUUGUUGGCUGCCCACUCUCCACCUUAGAGCAGAUUUAUGCCACAAGGUGCCAUAGGAAGGCACUGGACAUAGUAAAAGAUCCAUCGCAUCCUGGUCACUGUCUCUUCGAGCUCUUGCCGUCGGGACGGAGAUACAGGACGAUGAAGACAAGAACGAGCCGUCUUAAGAACAGCUUCUUCUCCAGAGCGAUCUCGGCCCUGAAUGGGAAGCCCGGACUUUGAAAGUCAUCUAAUCUCCCUUGCUGUAUUAUACUGUAUUGAUUAAUUAGAGUUUUUAUGGAGCAGUCAAGUAAUUUCGUUGUCCCUGAAGGGGGCAAUGACAAUAAAGAUAUUAUUAUUAUUAUUAUUAUUAUUAUUAUUAUUAUUAUUUUAUUUUGUUUUUCUAGCUUGAUCAAAAUUAUUUAUUAUUUCAUAACAGGUAGAUAGUUAAGGAGACGCGGGUGGCGCUGUGGGUUAAACCACAGAGCCUAGGACUUGCCGAUCAGAAGGUCGGUGGUUCGAAUCCCCAUGACGGGGUGAGCUCCCGUUGCUCGGUCCCUGCUCCUGCCAACCUAGCAGUUCGAAAGCACGUCAAGUGCAAGUAGAUAAAUAGGUACCACUGUAUUAUAAGCUUAGAAGUUGGAGGGUCCUCUUUGGGGUCUCGAAACCCACGUUUAAACCCCAUCUUGCAACAUGAGACUCAAAUCUUAUUUUUUAAAAAUUAACCUGCAUAUGGUGUGUUUUUUUCCCUUCCCCUUCUUGCCUGCAUUUCUAAGAUGGUGUGCCUGUCCCUGGAAAUGCGAUGCCUGCGGAUUUGGUGGUUCUCUCCAUCGUCGGUGAGUCGUAAUUGCAAAAGCAUUCUUCCAUCUGCCUGGUGUUUAAUAGUGAGCCAUUUCUUUUCUUUUUUUCUUUUUGUUUUUUUAAAUAAAGUUUUUUAUUGAUACAACAAGAAAAAGGAAAAAAAACACAGAUACCAAAUUACACACAAGAAUAACCAUAGACACAUAAUUUUCUUAGCAAACAAUAAAACAUCCAUUGGUCUUAACACUAAACACUUAACACUAUUUCAUAUUUCAAAUUCAUAUUACUUAUUGCCAAGACACACUUUUAUCAUAAUUAAACUUAUUAAUAAAUCUAAUUUCUUAUAUCUACCUUGCAACUAUUACUGAAUUUCCUCGAAUGCUGCAACAGAAUUUAAACUACUAUAUUUAUUUUUCAGAUAUUCUUUUGAAAACUUCCCAUUUUGAAACAAAUUCCUGCUUUCAUUUAUUCUUUAUUUUUUCUGAUAAACCAUCUAAUUCGGCAUAUUCUGUCAGCUUUUGGAUCCAAUCUUGUAUAGAGGGAAUUUCAUUACUCUUCCAUUUUGCUGCGAUCAAAAGCUGCCACCGUCGCGUAUAACAAGAUACCCUUCCAAUAGUGAGCCAUUUCUUAUUGAACCCUAAGCCGGUCAGAUUUGGCCCACCAGGCCAUUUCCCCAAAACCACGUAUGCCAUUCUCGAACCUGCAGGUUGCUAGCUGCUGCCAAAAACAGGAUUGAACCCUGCAGCCUCACCCUGCUUUCAACUUCCACCAAUCCUGAUCGAUAUUUGGCCUGCAGAGCCAAAUACCGUAUUUUCCCGUGUAUAAGACGCCCCCAUGUAUAAGACUCCCUCCUAUUUUGGGGGGACUCCAAAUUAAGAAAACACCCCUCAGCACUCCCCGUGUAUAAAACGAGCCCCAAUUUUAAACCUAACUUUUUGGUUAAAAAAACCUAGUCCUAUACACGGAAAAAUACGGUGGGUUUCCCAGCCCUGCUCUGUGCCAAAGGUGGCUAACCUUUUUUUGCUUGGUGGGGCUGGUGUCAUCUCCAUCAUUUUAUUUUAUUUAUUUAUUAUUAUUUUAAUUAUAAUUUUUAUUAGUAUUUUCCAUGCAACAACAACACGAAAAGUAUCGAAAAAUAACAAUACACAAAACACAAAAACCGACAUUAAAAAAACCAAAACAAAUCCAUAUCUUACAAGUUAAUACUAUAAACACUAAAAAAAAACAUUGACUUCCACAAAUCCCACAGCACCUCCUUUACCUCUCAUUGUGUCUUCCUGUUUUCCUGAUCAUCUCUAUCCUAGCAUCCAGAUAUAAAUCCCUCUUUCUUAUCCUUUCACUUCACAAGGUUAUUCCAGACUCAGCCAGAUUUCUGUCCUUGAACCUUGGCUUUUAAAGUAUUCAUUUAGACACUCCCAUUCCUUUUUUCACUUCACUUUUUGGUUUUUGUCUUAUUAUGUCUGUCAAUUUGGCUAAUUCUAAAUAUGCUGUCAUCUCCAUCUUUGACUAAUCCUCUUGGGGCCAAAUCGCUGGCACCCUGCAUACGCAGACACUCGUUUGCACACGUACCAGAUGCACACCCACAGAGCGGAAACCGUUAGUCCUGUUUCAGGCAGGGAGAACAGCCAUUUGAAUAUUUUAUUCGCAAUGAUCUUUCCUGCACAGGAAACCAUACCUUGGCCAUGGUGAUGCAGCUGCCUUUCUGGGGGCUGGGGGAGCUGUUAAAGGGAGUGGGGUACACCUGCUUGCUUUGCCCCAUCCUUACUGAUGCUGUGCAUAUCCACAUGCAGAAAACUGGGGUGGGGUGGGGGACAGGUGGUCCACCGGGGAAAGCUGUUGCUGGCCACUGCUGCAGUUGCACCUGGCGUUGAAGCUCCCAGUACGUUUCCGAGCACAAUUCAAAGUGUUGGUGCUGACCUUUAAAGCCCUAAACGGCCUCGGCCCAGUAUACCUGAAGGAGCGUCUCCACCCCCAUCGUUCAGCCCGGACACUGAGGUCCAGCGCCGAGGGUCUUCUGGCGGUUCCCUCGCUGCGAGAAGCCAAGUUACAGGGAUCCAGGCAGAGGGCCUUCUCGGUAGUGGCACCCGCCCUGUGGAAUGCCCUUCCACCAGAUGUCAAAGAGAAAAACAACUACCAGAUUUUUAGAAGACGUCUGAAGGCAGCCCUGUUUAGGGAAGCUUUUAAUGUUCAAUAGGUUAUUGUAUUUUAAUAUUCCGUUGGAAGCCGCCCAGAGUGGCUGGAGAAACCCGGCCAGAUGGGCGGGGUAUAAAUUAUAAAUUAUUAUUAUUAUCCCCCUCUCUCCUCAUUCCGUAGCGUUCCUGGCUGUCGUGGUGGCUGCUGUUUUUGCCUCCGCCUGGAGCCGUGCAAAAGCGAGACAUCUGGCAAGCUUCAAGUGGGAUCACGGUUCAGAGCAGCUGAUCACAAAACAGCAGCCUUGAGAGACUCCUUCCUUCGAGGUACACCUGAGUUAUGCAUUUGACUCAUUUUUCCCCUCUCUCUUCACCUGCAGGCCAGUGCCCUUAUUAAACCUGCUUCUUUCUUGAACCCUCUUCCCAGCUCAGCCAGUAGAGCAUGAGACUCUUAAUCUCAGGGUCGUGGGUUCGAGCCCACGUUGGGCAACAGAUUUUUGCAUUCCUUGUGGCGCCUUCCAACUCUUCCAUCCCGCUGGCUGUCUUGGCUUCCUCUUUAGCCACGCACAACCUCUCCAGCCGGGAGAAGCUGCGCACGGCUUUGUUUUUAGCCCGAGCUUCCCCCGACCCCAGCCCCCAGAAUAGGCUGCUAUCCGCAAGCCUUCAGAGCCCAGCGGGAACUCCCACCGCGCUCCGAAGGCUUGCGGAUAGCUGCCUGAAGCCUGGAGAGUGAGAGGGGUUGGUGCGCACCGGGCUUCAGCGAAAGUCUGCAUUCGCUCCAUAGGACGCACACACAUUUCCCCUUCAUUUUGGGAGGGAAAAAAGUGCGUCCUAUAGAGCGAAAAAUACGGUAGAUUUCCCCUCAAUUAAGAAAUGAUUGGUGUUUCAUGGAUUCUGACUCUUACCAAUAAUUUCAUUUAUGAUCUCCAGAGCUGGCCUGCCUUCGGAAGUGUGGCGUCUGAUUCAACACAUCCUCUGAGAAGAACGGUCAGCCUUUUAGUCCCUGCCGGGCUCACUUGCUGCUCACCUUUCAACAGGUGCCUUCAGUCGAGAACUUCAGGCGCACAUCCGAGUUAGAAGGUCAAUCGCUUUCUCAAGGGAGACCUCCCUGUCGCUGGUCCUUGUCAUCUCAAAACGUAUUUAUUUCUGCCCUCUGGCUCCUUGAUCUUCCAUGGCAAAGAGCUGCUGAGUUUAGCCACUGCAGCUAUGAACAGAGGCUCAAAAGGGUACUGGAAAAUGUGGGGCGUGCGUUAAUAAAAACAGCAUUAUUAUCCAGUAGGCUUUGGUGGAAACUGCAUCAAAUGCAUAUUUGAAUUGCCGUUUUAGGUUGUUUUUCCUCUACACUGGGCCAUUUGCCGUUUGGCUAAAACCUUUCCUUACAUUUUCCCCAGUACACUCGGCUUCUCUUUUCCCACCAACUGUGGCGAAAAACAGCGGAAGAAAAUCGCCAUGGCACAUUCCUUUGCCAUGCUAGUUUUGCACGCAGCAAGCAUCCUUGUGUGGCAAAAACGGUUUUUUUAAUCAUCCCAGGCUCAAGCUGUAAUUUUCGGUGCUUUGUUCAGGUCACCUUGCCUCGUGCGAACACAGUGUUUUCCCUCGCACAAAUCUCCAUGGCUGCAUCCCUCUCUUGUGAGAAUCAGGCCAAAGAGGGGGGAGCCCAGUUUGCUGUUGGGGAUAAAAGUCCAUAGGUUGUCCUAAAAUGUCCCAAAAGGAUCUUCUAAAAUGUCCUGCUGGAACAACUCCGUUGCUUAAGCGUUUGACACAGAAUCAACUCUGGAAACUUGUAAAGGAUUAAAAAAAAACAUUUUGGAGAAAAAAUAA